GCGCGACAGUUCUCGACCCGACUUUGGCGCCGGCACGGCUAUAUCGCUUCUCCCUCUCCUCUCCCUCUCUCUCUCUCUCUCUUUCUCUCCAACUCUCAGUGUCAAUAGUGCUUGCUGGUGUACAGUGAGAAUUUUUCCGAGAGCACAAAGUGAGUGAAUAAAAGUUCUUUUUUUUCAAGGUGUGCAAAGAUUUUGUUCGUGUGUGAGGUGUAACUAGAAGAAGUGACGUAAAGACUUCAGCAGUGUGCGAGGGUGCGCGGCUGUUUUCCUUUAGCAAGAUCACAUCGUGUAUAAUGCGUCAGCACCAAUGGCACCAAGAGGUCGGCGGUGGCGGUGGUCAACUACACUCGACAAGUACGUUGGCUAGUGAUGAAGAAGAUGUGCGUGGAUCAAGGUGAAGCGUUGCCAGUCAGCGUAGCCAUCACAGCGGCCGGCCACCAUCAUCUAUUUUCACCACGCUGGAUCGUCGCGGGGUGUAUGCCACGCCGACGAAGUCGGCGCCUGGCACGCCCAAGGCACCAGCCAAAAUCUCGUCUGUCACCGAGAAUCUCGAAAGACCAAGCUGCCAUGACUGGAUUCAUCAUGACAAAUUCAAUAUAUCCAACACCGCCAUGUCCUGGGAUUCCAUCAGCUCCAGGGAUUACAUCGGCCACCAGCUGUCUGCAACGCGACUGUUGGGUAGCCCCGACGGCUCGCGGCACCCUCUCGACGUAUACGAGUUUUCGGAGGAGGACUACAGGCGUCAGAUGGAAAACGGCGAUGACCAUAGCAAUGGAUAUCACGGGAUUGGUCUAUGGGAAUGUCUGAUGGGGUGCCGGCAUAGACUCGACCAGCAGAUCGCCAGGAGAAAGGUGGAGCAGGGCUUGAAACUUUAUCGUGCUCACAAGCAGCAAGCAGCGGUACGCAAGUGGCGUGGCGCAUUGGCUAACAUCGGGCGUAAAGAGGACAAGUUCGCCUUGCUUGGAUAUCUCUAUCAAGCCUAUAUGGAUUGGGGCAAGUACAGGGACAGCGUGGAUUUUGGUCACCGGCAGUUAUGCAUUUCCGAGGAGCUGGACUCGCCGAACAUGCGUGCCGAGGCCUAUCUGAACUUGGCUCGAGCACACGAGCGACUUGGUGCUCUCGACCGCGCACUUGGCUUUGCUCGUCACAGCCUUUACAACGAGUGCGACCAGUGUGCAACUGCCGGAUUAGUUCAUCUAACAGUAGGUAGAGUCCAUCUAGAGCUAGCGGGCUUUUGUAAGGCGCUGGAAGCCUUCCAGAGAGCCCAUAAGAUUGCACACUCCAUUCAAGAUCCAUCGCUCGAGUUACAGGUGUACGUCGGGUUGUCCGAGCUGUUCUGUCGACUACAAGACGCGGAUAAAAGCGCCAGAUACGCCGCACGCGCCUACGACUUAUCGAGAAGUCUCCAACUGGGAGACUUGAACUCUCGUCACCAUCGGGCUGCUUUGCUACAGAUGGCUGCGGCACUGAGGAAGAAAGGCGAGGUCGGCGACGCUCAAGAUUACUGCAAGGAAGCGACGCGACUGUCCCUGGUGUCGGGCGACCAAGCAAGUUACGCCCGUAGCAUCAGGAUAAUGGGAGACAUUUACAGGCGUCAAUCGGAAAUUAGCAAAGCAUUCCGUCAGUACGAGAGCGCGAUGACCUCGGCGGCGGCAACUGGCGACCGACUCUGUCAGAUGGAGGCCAUGGACGGGGCAGCGCGCUGCCUCGAGGCACUCAGACUCCAACACAAGAUAUGCAACUGCAAGCCACUCGAGUUUAACACCAGGCUACACGAGGUCGCUAGUUCUGUGGGUGCUAAGCUGCUGAUGAAGACAGUACGUGGUCGUCUAUCACGUAUUUACGGUUCGCUCGGCGACGAAGAUCAGAAAGCUCACUUUGAGCGAGCGGCCGCCACGCUCGAAGAAGACCUAGAGCUACGUUGCGGCAGUUGCUGCGAACCCUUUGGCCUCGAGCCCGACUCCCUUGAAGCAUUACCCUGCUCCCACAUAUUGCACGCCAGGUGCGCGCUUGACAUUUUAAAGAAGCGUGACAAGAAGAAGAAGCGCCUCUGCCCAGACUGCCAUAAGUCGGUGAGCUCAAGACUCUACCUACACUGCGACGACAGCCAUGACAUCAACCCGCUGAAUCACAGUUCCUUGAGCCUUGCCUCGCUCAGGGCCAGCAGCCUUGCAACCCUCGAGGACUGCCACGCGACGAGUAGCGUCUGAGCGAAUUCAU